AAUACCUUUCUCCUUGAUUUUGUCGUCUCCCUCUCUCUCUCUCUGGAUUUCUGGGUUCCCGAUUGAUCUGAAAUUGAAAUUCUCGAAUCGUAAAGUUUGCUCUAAUCCUAACUGAAGAUCUAGAUUCUCGCGUUUGAUCCAUCAGGUUUGCUUCUUCUUCGGGCUACUACGCAUCUCAGAGAGAUUAUGAUGUCUUCGUGCUUUCAGUUAGAGUUUCCGCUUCUUCUUGAUCUCCGUCAUCCUAUUCGCGUGGAAGCUCGGGUUUCACAAACAUUGGUUUUAUAUGUAUGUCUAUGAACUCGUGGUUGUGAAAUCACCGAAGCUUUUGGAUUUGAGUUUUGAUGGUUUUUUACUACUGCGAGUGGAACUCCGAAAAUAGUCUAUGGCUUGUGAGCAAGAAGGGUGAGCAAUGCGAGUUCUUACACUCUUGGUCUUUUUUUCCUGGCUUGGUGAUGGUAGCUACUCUUCAAGGACACAAGAAGGAUAUAAAGGGGAUUGCCCUCCCUCAAGGUUCUGAUAAACUCUACUCAGCCAGUGGUGAUGGUGCUUUGAGAAUAUGGGACUGCCAUACUGGUCAAUGUGUGCAUGAGAUCAACCUCCAGGCAGAAGCAGGGUCUCUGAUUAGUGAAAGACCUUGGGUUUUCCUUGGCUUGCCAAAUGCUGUAAAGGCUUUUAAUGUUCAGACCUGUAAAGAUUUGCAUCUCAAUGGUUCGGUAGGAGGUCAGGUGAAUGCAAUUGCUAUUGGAAACGGAAUGCUUUUUGCUGGGACAAGUUCUGGUAAUAUAUCAGUCUGGAAAGGUACUGACACCGAGUCUGAUCCUUUCAAAUACCUCACAUCUCUCGAGGGACAUAGUGAUGAAGUCAAGUGUUUCGUUGUUGGAGGUCAGAGGCUUUACUCUGGUUCUGUGGAUUAAACAAUAAAGGUGUGGGAUCUCGACACAUUGCAGUGUAUAAUGACAUUGAGGCAGCAUAGCGACACUGUCACGUCGCUCCUAUGUUGGGAUCAAUAUUUGUUAUCGUCUUCAUUGGACGGGAACAUAAAAGUCUAGGGCUCUUCGGAAAGUCCCAACUUGAAAGUUAUCCAUAAACGCAGCCAAGAACAAAGUGUGCAUGCUCUUUGUGGAUUACACGAUGCAGAGGCCAGGCCAAUUAUAUUAUGCUCUUACCAAAACGGAACAGUUGGCAUAUAUGAUCUACCUUCUUUUGAAGAAAGAGGGAAGAUGUUCUCAACGCAUACGAUCGGCACACUUACAAUUGGUCUUGAAGGAUUGUUAUUCAGUGGAGACAAGAGUGGGAAAGUGCGUGUGUAAACAAAUUUCUACAAAGUGCUUAAGUGGCAGCAAAGUGUAGAAAUCUUCGACCAACUCUUUUGUUUUUGUUUUGGUCGACUAGAAUAUUCAUUAUAAUAAUAUAAUGUUACAUUGAUGGUGGUAAACAAAUACCAUCGCUUUAUGAGUGAAGAAAAGCUCAUUUCAUGUUCGAUUUCAA